AUGACGGGACCUUCGAAUAAACGACAGAAACGAGAAGAUUACAAGAAGGCCCAAGAGCACCUCAAAGCUAGGAGGGAUUGCGGUGGUAGCGGCAAGAUCGAGUUGCCCAAGAAAAAGUUCUAUCGACAGCGGGCCCAUGCAAAUCCUUUCUCGGACCAUGCUUUGACCUACCCCGCCAGUCCUGCCGACAUGGACUGGACAUGCCAUUACCCGGCUUUCGCAAACAGCGAAGCUGAGAAUGGCCAACGCCACAGCGUGAGCAGAGAAGUUGAGAUCGCAGAUAUUGGCUGUGGGUUUGGUGGUCUUCUGGUGGCUUUGGCGCCGUUGCUCCCGGAGACUUUGAUGCUUGGGAUGGAGCUGCGAGCUCAAGUCACUGACUAUGUCGUCGACCGAAUAGUUGCUCUCCGCGCCCAAAACCAAUCUGCGUCCGUCACUAAUGAGGGCAAAGCCAUGCUUUACCAGAACAUCUCGGCGCUCCGCACGAAUACGAUGAAAUUUCUGCCCAACUACUUCCGCCGCGCUCAGCUGUCCAAGAUAUUCCUCUGCUUUCCGGAUCCGCAUUUCAAGCAGCGAAAGCACAAGGCCCGCAUCGUCUCUGCACAGCUGAACGCCGAAUACGCAUUUGUGACAAAACCUGGCGGCUUGGUCUAUACCAUCACGGACGUCGAAGAGCUGCAUCAGUGGAUGGUCAAGCAUUUUGAAGGUGAAGCAGCGGGCGGCGCGAAGGAAUUGUGGAAGAGAGUAGCGCAGGAGGAGCUGGAUGCUGAUCCUUUCGUCGAGGUCAUGAGCGAGGAAACAGAGGAGUCCAAGAAAGUCACGAGAAAUGGCGGAAAGAAGUAUAUUGCUGUGUUCCAAAGAGAGGAGGACCCUGAAUGGCCUGACUGA